CCUCACACACUCGCAAGUCGCAAGUAGGGAUCGAGCAUAACCGCAAGCACUGGAGCGUACAGGAAGCUAUUGAGGAUACUGGAUAUCUGUAUGGCAAGUGCCACCUCUCCGCUGUGUCCCUCUCACUGCAGUCCGCACCGGACCUGACCAGCCUCCCUUCACCAGGUCAUGUCCUAUCGCCGGGUGGUUCAUCUUGCAACAUCGUGCAAGGUGGCUCUACAAUGUCGGCCAAUUUUUGUAGACCGGAAACAACUCCCACACCAGCCGCUUUCCCAUUCCAAACAGAUCCGCAGAAUCGAGACUCAAUAUAAACCUCCCUCGCAAACGAAACCGGCAUUACCACCAUCUCCCCAUUCCGCAUCACUGCACCUAACGCACACCGACCCAAAAACAGGUAGCGCUCAAAUAGUCGACGUAACACCCAAGCCCUCAACCCACCGCACCGCCACUGCCACAGGCCGCAUCUACCUCUCUUCCCACGCUCACUCUCUGAUCCGCGCCAACGGGCACAAAAAGGGUGACGUCCUAACGGUCGCCAAGAUCGCCGGUAUCAACGCCGCAAAGCAGACGGGGACGUUGAUUCCAUUAUGUCAUCCGCUGAGUCUUACCAAGAUCGAUGUGGGGUUGACGCUCAGUGGAGAUGGAGGGGAGGAUGCUGGGCACUAUGUGGAGGCACGGGCGACAGUAGCGUGUCAUGGCCCGACGGGCGUGGAGAUGGAGGCACUGGUGGCGGUUUCAGUGGCGUGUUGCACGGUGUUUGAUAUGUGUAAGGCGGUGGAUAAGGGGAUGCGGAUUGCGGAUGUUAGGGUGGUGAGGAAGUCGGGCGGGAGGAGUGGGGAUUGGGCGGUGGAGUAGUUGUGACUGAAGAUGUAUUGAAGAGAGGAUACGUUGUGCACAUGGACUCUGCUGGGGAAGGUGGCCGAUCUCCGACAAAUGUGCGUGGCAGGGAGUUUAGGAUAGCGUAUGUAGAUAGAUGAUGUAUUCUUUUUGGAAGCCCACUCAUCAUAGACAGCAGCAAUACUUGCAAACAAAUAUCACUGG